AUGGCUGUUGGCAAGAAUAAGAGAUUGUCGAAAGGCAAGAAGGGUCUCAAGAAGAGAACCCAAGAUCCGUUCACACGCAAAGAUUGGUACUCAGUCAAGGCGCCAUCAACAUUCAACACAAGAGAUGUCGGCAAGACCCUCGUAAACCGAACGACCGGUCUCAAGAAUGCCAACGACGCCCUCAAAGGCCGCAUCUUCGAAGUUUCGCUUGCCGAUCUCCAGAACGACGAAGACCACGCCUUCCGUAAGGUCAAGCUCCGAGUGGACGAAGUCCAGGGCAAGAACUGCCUCACCAACUUCCACGGCCUCGACUUCACCUCCGACAAGCUCCGCUCCCUCGUCCGCAAGUGGCAGACCCUCAUCGAGGCCAACGUCACCGUCAAGACCACCGAUGACUACCUCCUCCGCCUCUUCGCCAUUGCCUUCACCAAACGUCGGCCCAACCAGAUCAAGAAGACCACAUAUGCCGCCAGCUCACAGAUCCGUGCCAUCCGGAAGAAGAUGACCGAAAUUAUCCAGCGUGAGGCUACAAGUCAGACGCUCGCUGGCCUGACCGGCAAGCUGAUCCCAGAGGCUAUUGGUCGUGAAAUUGAGAAGGCUACACAGGGCAUUUACCCUCUACAGAACGUGCACAUCCGGAAAGUGAAGCUGUUGAAGGCACCCAAGUUCGAUCUUGGUGCUCUGUUGGGUCUGCACGGUGAGAGUGGUCAGGAUGAUGCUGGUAACAAGGUCGAUCGGGGCGGUGACUUCAAGGAGCCGGCCCCGUUGGAGAGCGUGUAA